AUGACAACCCCUACGAAAAACUCCAAGGCGACGCGCUCCUCACUGGCCUGUCUCUCCUGUCGCUCGCGACACUUAAAAUGCGACGGGAGGCGACCGUGUUGUAGCCGCUGUGCUGAAGCCGCUCAGGAAUGUAACUAUGCGAGAUCGAGGCGGGGAGGGCUGGAUCGGGCUGCGUUGGCGGAAAGGCGGAAGAGGCUUGCUGCUAAUUCGAGUGGGAAUGGGAGUGGGAAUGAAAGGGGUGUAGACUGGGCUUACAAUGGUGUGCCUCCUGCGCCAGCCGAUCUGGGGCUGUCGUUGGAGGCCAUCGACACGAGUUUCGGUGGCGGUCUGCUCGAUGGGAUCAACGUCGACAACUCUUCACGAUCACCUGCCUCUAUUCACGUCCAAAUGAUCACUAUUGAGCAUGAUUCAUUGAUCGACUCUUACUACAAGAACUUUCACCAAUUCCACCCCUUCGUCUUACCCAAGCGACACAUGACAAGACACUACCAAGAUCCCAGCAGACAGCCCAGCUGGCAACCACUGAUCGCAGCUAUGCGCCUCAUCGGACACAUAUACGCCCGUCGCGAAUGGUCUACCGAGUUAAAAGAUCAUAUUGAAGCCUGUUGCGCGCAGGCUAGCCCAUCCGACCCCAUCAUAAUCCAGGCUCGGCUUUUAUAUUCCAUCGCCCUGUUCUGGUACGACCAGAAGAACCAGGCGAAGAGUGAGUCCGAUGAUGCGAUACAGCUUGCUUUGAAUCUGCAACUAUCUCGCGAGGAGUUCGCCAUACAGUACGGCGGCGACGAUCCUGUCCUUGCAGAGAGCUGGCGACGGACUUGGUGGAUGCUGUACAUAGUCGAUGCGUACUACACGGGGACUCUGGGAACCAUGGAGAUGCGUGCCGUGGAUGUUAAUGCAACGGUCAAGCUUCCUUGUGAAGAGGACGAAUAUGAGUCGGGGGUAAUACCUGAGCCCAAGUCGGUCCAGGACUUUGACUGCCGAGAGUUCGCCUCUGAUGAUAUCGUAUUCUCCUCCUUUGCGUACCUCAUCGGCGCCGUUCGAUGUGCGGCAUUGGCAAUAGCCAUGGUGCCCAGGCGUGCGGCCAAAGAGGACUCGAUGCAUAUAAUCCAGGCCGCAGACUCUGCCCUUGACGGGUGGCUGCUUCUCCUGCCGAAGGGUCAGAAGCAGGUGAUGAGCAAGACGGGAGAAAUUGACGAGCUGAUGUUCCAAGCACAUCUCCUUAUUCACGUGGCAACAGUCGGAAUCCAUCGCCCCCUCUCCGACCUAAAAUUCAACCCGGUCGAAGACAUCUCCAGCUGCGCCCGCGAGCCACCCCCCGAUAUCCCAGUGCCCGACCUAAUAAACGUGCACACAGCGCGCGUCAUGCGCUCCGUCGAAGCCCAAAUCCGCCUCCUCGCUCUACCAUCCCGCCCAUUCAGGCACACGCCUUUUACGACGUGUAUGGUUAGCGAGGGGACGCUGGCUCUGCUGUCGGCGUGCCACUUCUACCUCAAGGGCGCGAAACUCGCGAUUGCGAGAGAUCAGAUCCGCAUGACGAUUGGGUGUCUCAAGGCGUUGGGUGAAUUCUGGCCGCGGACUGCGCGGAAUGUAAGGGAGAUUCAGACGAUCGCGCAGCACGUGUUAGGCGUUAGACUUCCUAGAGGUGCAGGUACAGGGACUAGCAGUACUACAACGCCGGGGUCUAGCGAUCUCCCGCAGCUUGUUGGCGGUGCAGGCGAUGGGCAGGGGAGUGGGAGUCUUGGGUCCUCCGAGGGUGGUGACCCUGACCUAUCAAGCAGUGAGGCAGAUCCCAUUUCGCUUUUGGGUUCGAUUGAUGAUCUGUGUGGGUGGUAUAAUCUCGCCGGCGAUCUCAGUACGGAUCUUCCGUGGGAAAUGGUCAAUGGAUUAUGAAUUCUGUGCCGGGUUCUUGAUGCUACGAACUGUAUAACUGGGCCCGAUUGCCUGGAUGUAAUACACAUGGGCCUUGGCCUUCUCUCUGCUCAAUCCGGUGAAAAACAAUAUGAAUGUAUGAUAUAAGGUCUCUCACGAAGUUUUC